AGCCACUCCCUCUCGCUUGCUCUCCGUUCUCCUCUUUUUGAAGAUUGACAGUUAGCCACUACCCGUUUACUCCAGGUCUGUAGAAAUUCUCUCAAAAAGAAAACUUUGGGUGCCAGUUCUUAGCCUCACUUUGUUACUCUUGAAGUUGAACACCGCGUGUCCGUUUUUUGGACGCUAAAGGGGAAGAAUAUAGAGAAGAGAAAACUUAAAAUUGGCAUAACAAUAAAGUAUACAAAGAGGCAUAUUUAUAUAUGGCUGCUGGGGAUGGUUCCCAGCUGCCGGCGACUAUAGCGGCUAGCCGGAGCGUGGAGAAGGCGUUGGAAGAAGCAGCUUCUAGCGGGGCUCUUAACUUGUCAAGCCGUAAACUGAAGGAGUUUCCUCGGACCGCCAAGAACUAUGACCUGUCCGAUAUCACACACGCAGACCUGUCAAAGAACCGUCUGUGUGAGCUGCCUGAGGAACUGUGUCAGUUUAUCUCCCUGGAAACGCUCAGCCUGUACCACAACUGCGUCCGCUCAGUCUCCCCCAGCAUCUGCCAACUGCAGGCCCUCACCUACCUCAACGUCAGUCGUAACCAGCUGUCCAGCCUGCCCGUGUCCGUGUGCCAGCUCCCACUGCUGCGGGUCCUCAUCGUCAGCAACAACAAGCUGCCCGUCCUGCCGGCCUCCAUACUCACGCUCACGCACCUCCGCCAGCUGGAUGUGAGCUGUAAUGAGCUGCAGUCUCUGCCGGUGGAGAUUGGGCAGCUGGAGUCUCUGCGGGACCUCAACCUGAGGAGGAACCAGCUCACCACGCUGCCUGAGGAGCUCUCGGAGCUGCCUCUGGUCCGCCUGGAUGUGUCGUGUAACCGCAUCUCCAGAGUGCCCGUCUGUUACCGCCACCUCCGUCACCUGCAGACCAUCAACCUCGACAACAACCCCCUGCAGUCCCCCCCUGCACAGAUCUGUUCUAAAGGGAAGUUCCACAUUUUUAAGUUCCUGAACAUCGAGGCCUGCAAGAACACACAGGAGGAGCUGGAGAGGGCCCUGAGGCCUACAGGAUUCAACAGCUGCCUAUCGGAUCAGGAGCUGUACUCGGGCCGGCAGUAUGGAGGACUGGACUCCGGGUUCAACAGCGUGGACAGCGGGAGCAAGAGGUGGUCUGGGAACGAGUCUGCAGAUGACUUCUCUGAGCUCUCCAUGCGGAUGGCGGAGCUGUCCCGGGACAGAAGGAACCUGCGGGAGGAGGGGGAGAAGGACCCGCUCCCGGACAGAGUAGUGAACGGAGAGGUGGAGCAGGUGGAUUUCAUCGACAGCAGCGUCACGGAAGAGGAGGAGGAGGAGUGCCGGCCCGAGCCGCCCUGCCUCCCGGUCACAGCGCCUCCGCAGGAUAAGAAAGAAAGUGCCGUCCAAUCACACAGCCCUGAGUCGUCUCUUAACGUCCGAUUCUCCGUGGGGGGCGAGGCGGGCGACUCGAGGACGAGCCCCCUCCCGUCCAGCCCCACCCUGGAGGAGCGGAGGCGUCCCGGGACCCUGCUGAUCUGGCAGGAGAGAGAGAGGGCCCAGCAGCAGCAGAGGGAGAAGGGCAGGGACGGAGCUUUGGCGAAAGCAUCGAAAACAGGAAGUUCCGCUGCGGCAGUGGCGUCGCAGGCAGGAAGUAGCACAGGUGGUGGAUCCUCAGACAGCACCUCCAAUGGCUUGCGGCAGAGAUCCACGAGCGACGCCCAUACGUCCCACCCCUCCGCCCCCCAACGCUCCAACAGCAGAACAGACACGCCCCUUUCGCCAAAAGCUUCUUCCCCCCCUGGACAGGCCCAGAAGCCCAGCAGCUUCCUGUUCCGAGCCUCCUCGCGCUGCAACGUCAAGACCUCCGGCUCUGUGCACUGUCUGUCGGAGAUGGGACGCAGCGAGUCCCGCCCCUCACUACGCUCCCCCCGAGAGGAGAGGCAGGACGUAUCGCAGCUGAGAAAGACUCUGGAGUCCCGGCUCAAGUUGACUUUGCCGGAUGACCUGGGAGAGGCGCUGUCCAACGGCACGAUCCUCUGCCAGCUGGCCAAUCACGUGCGGCCUCGGUCCGUGUCAAUCAUCCACAUCCCCUCCCCGGCCGUGCCAAAGCUGAGUGGCGCCAAGUGCCGUCUGAACGUGGAGAACUUCAUCGCCGCGUGCCGCAAGCUGGGAGUCCCGGAGGCGGACCUGUGUCUGUCCUCCGAUGUGCUGAGCUGUAAGCUGCCCGCUGUGAUUGGCACCGUGGAGGCGCUGCUGAGACGGGAGACUCCGCCCCCUCCUCCCUGCUCGCCGCUCUCUCCCGGUUUCCUGCUCUUCUACUGCCUGGCCAUGGCUCUGCUCUACCUGCUGUACUGCCAGCUCACUGCCUAGUGUACCGCGGACACUGACUCACGCGCGUAUGCACACUGAUAUAUACGCACGCGCACACGCUGAUAUACACACACGCACUCAUAUACACACACACACACAC